AUGUCGAAAGAGGAAAAUCAUGGUGCGAGAUCUCUAGUAUGCGAUGCCCAGGCACCUUCAUGCUCAGUCUGUGUGGCCGCUGGAGUUCCGUGCGUGUCGCUGGACACAGCGACGAACGCGACUGCUCCACGAAGCAUCGCAAGGUACCUGGAAGGACGCAUUGCCGACCUUGAACGUCUGCGUGGUAACCUGCCGCCACCAGAGACAGGGUCGAGCAAUCUGCCCGGGGACGGCAUUCCACCGACCUGCGAUAUAGGAAGACUAUCACCCAUCAUGUUACGGGACACAGCAGUGAAUUAUGCUCUUCACGACAUCACCCCAUGCUUUCUCGGACUCACUGAAGCUAUUCGCCUACCAGGCUGUUCGGCAGCACCGACACAGAUUCCAUCCGCGAAGAAGUCGUUUGGUCUGAACGAUCUAGACGAAAACCAUCCGCGAUCGAUAUUGAACCAACACCCCUCGAAUCUGCCCCUGUCUUCGGUUCCAACAGGAGUCGCUGAAUUCCUCUUCGACAUCUACAUAAACAGAAUCAUCCAACAGUAUCCCAUCUACCAUUCCAGUGAUGCAAUAAGAGCGUUCCAUGCUGUUUUCAGGAGGCAAGCGACAGAGACAUCUGGCGACUCCCAACCAAAGGCACGAGACUUGUACAUGGUAAGCCUGAUCAUGGCCAUCUCGCUGUCGACAGCCGCGCGCAACAAGCAGGCUAGAGCACAGUCUCUUGGGACCGGGCUGUUUCGCAACGCCAUGCUCUACGUCCCAGUGGUUCUCUCCAACGACCUCUCGGGACUUCAGGCCCUGCUUUUACUCAUUCAAUACACCUUUCUCAAUCCAACUGUGGCGAACCUGUGGCUGCUUACUGGUAUGUCAAGCGAAGCGUGCAUUGACCUUGGCCUUCACCGAGAACUUCCAGAAAUUACAGAUAUUGAUGUCCUCGAAAGGGACAUGCGCCGUCGAAUAUUCUGGUGUGCCUGGGAGAUGGAAGUCGCCGUCUCCGCGCCAUUGAACCGGCCUAUCCGCACUCGGAACAAGUAUAUCAGUGCAGCAUUCCCAGCUGAAUACGGAGACUACGGUAUAACGCGUGAUGGUAUCAACAUCAACGCACCACGAGCUAAAUUCAUCUCGAGAAGAAUAUGGCUCUUUCGCAAAGUCGAGUCUUCAAUCAUGUCUAUUCUAUACCAGAACGAACCCUUACCGCCAGACUGUCCGUCUCUGGAGUCCUGGAUGGCUGAGACCGAGCUUGAAAUUUUAGGCUGGAAAGAAGAAGUCCAUCACAAAGCCUCCUUGAAUCAGGACUCCUCUGUCAAAUCACAGUGGGACGAGAUGGAAUUGUAUGCUGAUAUCGCGUACAACUACAUCAUUGUCUUGUUGUUUGGUUCAUGUCCCAGAAUCAGGACACCGUCCCGGCAACAUCUUAUGAAAGCUUUUGCUGCUAGUACAGAGGUUGCCACCGGAUAUUGGCGACAGGCAAACACAGAAUUCGGCUACAUGAAAUAUGUCUUUCAUCCCUGCCAUCACACCUUCCUGUCGGCAAUAGUCUUCCUUCAGACUUUGCAGUAUUGCCGGUCCGAGAUUGCUGAUGCUUACGAGAUAGAGGAGGUGGAAGAGUUCAUGGAACGUUUUUCACGAUUCUUCUCAACAAUUUCCGAACGCUGGCCAGCCGCUACCCAAUGCCUCCAAGAAUACGAAAGGCUCUUGGGGCCGAUAAAGCAAGAUUAUUUGGACUUUCUCCUUCUUCGGAAGCAGAGCACAUCCGAAAUUGACUUGCUGCAGGGUGCACCUAUGGAUGACUACCUUGAUGGGACAGCACACUUCCACGAUCCAUUCGAAAUUUGGCCAGUGACGAACCCACUCUUGAGCUCGAAUGGAAACGAUGCCUUUGACGCUUACUCGUAUUUGCCAUACGACUGGAAUGCUGAAUUUGGGUUCGGAAUGGAUUUGGCACUUUCGAAUCAAGAGGCCUGA